AUGCGCUUAAAUUAUUGUUUUAAGGAGGACAUCGCAACGAAAUGUGUAGAACAUCAAGCGGUUAUUUCUGGAAUUUUAGAUCAAUUAAGCGGCUUCGGUUCAAUUGUAGUUGACAAUAUUGGAGCCAUUGCGUCGCCAAAAGACGCAGAAACCUUAAAAAAUGAUAUGGAGGAGCUACGUAAUAAACUAAAGGCCAGUGCUGCUCAUAUUGAAACGGCCAUCCAGGAGGCAGAUAGGCUUUGCACGGAAGAGGCUGAUAUGCUAACUCCGGAGCAGUUUCAUGCGCUUAAAGAAGGGAGGAAUCAGUUAGAAACUACAUACACUCACUUGCUCCAGUAUUCCGAUAUACUUUUGGAAAAGUUGAAUGAAAUAACGAAGCUUUUAUUAAACUUCACAAGUAGUACAAGUUCUUUUCAUUCUUAUAUCACAAGUAAAACUCGUGAGAUAGGUUUUGUAAAGGCUGAAAGUGGUAAUUUGGAAGCGCUGAACGAAUCAUUUCAAAAGGCGGAGGAUCUCGAAAAAGAUGUGAAGUUGAAUGCGGAUCAACUGGACAGCAUAUCAGCGUUGUUGCGGCGUGUACGGAAAACUUUAGAUGAUUAUUUAAUAGAGUUAAAUGCUCAGUACCCAGAUGUCAAAGUUUCAAAUCUUGAUGCGCCUGAAUUAGGCGAUACAUUAUCUAGACUUCAGACCGAUUAUGACCUGCUCUUGGGAGAAUGUUCCGAUUUGAAAGCGUUCCUGGAGAAGCUGCGUUCACUUUCGGCACUACACAAGCAGAACAUUGAUGAUUUUGAGAAAGAAUUUUCCGAAUUUGAGCAGCAAUCAAAUCGUGCUGUUGAGAAAGUUGCAACUACGAACGAGAUAACUGACAACGCUUUUGCUUCGGAACUUUUAACCGAACUUCAAAGCCUUCAUGCCACGUGUUUUGAGCACGGUAGCCGACUUGAGACAAUUAUGAAACCGUCUGCUGAGCUUGAAGAGGCAUUAGUGGGAACAGAUGCUCGGGAGCGAGUUGUCUUGGAAAAUAAACAACUUUUUGAUGAAUUUAAGCGAAGACAAAGUCGCACCUGCGCAAAGAUUGAAGAGAGCGUUGAUUCGUGGCGUAGCAAAAUUGCUAGGAGCGAAGGUCUUCGAGAAGGCCUUAAAGGUUUACUCCAGUGGCUUCAAACCGAAGAAGAAAAGUUGAAGCAAGCUCCUCAGUUACCACUCUCUUUAAAUCAGCUUUCUGAACUGAGAAAUGAAGGCGAGUUAGCACACAGGGAGCUGAUGUCACAACAGAAAGUUCUGGAUGAUUUUGGUAAAGAAAUAUUUCGACAUUGCUCAUCAGGCUCUUCUGGCUCUGCUAAUUCGCAGCUUGCUGAGCAGUAUCGUAAAGCCGAGAGCUUGUUUCCGUCACUUAUUAGCUUGUCAAAGGCUUAUUGUGAAAACAUAGCAGACUUGUGCAAGAUGCUUUCCACAUUUGACAGCGAAGAACGGUCAGUAAGGGAGAAGCUGUCAUUUCUGGAGAAAAGACUGGAAAAUUUAUCUCCCGCGGACAGAGGAGAAAUAGAGGCAUUCAGUAAAAGUUUAGAUCAUUUAGUGGACAAGGAUUGGAAUGAUUUGCAACAGCAGCAGAAACGAAUUUUAAGAAUGCCAAAUAUAGUUGAAACUAGUCUUCUUACUGAUAAAAUGAACGGGAUUCAACACGAUAUUGAGAGUUUAUUUGAUAAGCUUGGUACACUUUCUUCUCAAGGCGAACAGUUGGUCAAUUUAAAGAAAUCGUACUGCGAGCAACGGGAUGCCCUUUUUUCGUGGCUUAAUUCAUUGAAGAAUAAGAUUGAAGUUCCAGUUGUUCUUGUAGAGCUAGAAAAAAUCCCUCUUGAUGAAUCUGAAUUGGGGGUCCAGAGGAAUGUUUGCGAGGAACUUCAAAAUGAACAUCGAAGAAGACAGUUUGAAUUAGAUAGCUUUAGUGCAGUUGGCUCUAAACUUAUCGAAUUGGAGACUAUCGCAAGGAUGCAUGCAAAAAGUCCAAGUAGACAAGAAGAAUCACAAAUUAUGCUGCGUGAGAUUUCCGCAAUUGAGCAGCAGUAUGGCCUUUUGGAUUCUCACCUUAAAACGUUGAGCGAAAAAAUUGGCUCAACGAGCGAGAAGUUAGUAUCUCGCCUGGAAAAAGUUUUGCAAAAGGAGAAACAGCCACAGUUUGAAGAAGUUAAGGCAAAGGCAAGGAACUUGGUUGGCGACGGAAAUGUUACUGGUAGCGAUGAGAUAGCUGCGGCAGGAAAAGAUUUAGAAGACACUUGGGAAUCGCUCAACCGCAAUAUUGAUUUAGUGAAGAGUCAGGCGGAAAUUUCCAACCAGCUUCUACAAGGAUGCGAAGACGUGGAAAAGUGGUUGAAGCAAAAAGAGCGUAUGCUAACUGUUAUUGAGGAGGCUGUAAACGUCGAUCCAAAAGUGAUUGCUGGACAGAUAUUCCAGAUUGAAUUGCUUUCAUCAGAAAUGAACGACCAAGAAAAAAUGCGGAGUAGGCUUAAUGAUCUUGCCAACGAUCUCAUCAACAGUGCGGAUGAAACGAGUCGAGAGCAGCUGAUCGAAAAAAUGGAUGAGCUUAAUCGAAGGUGGUUGGCGUUUAACGGUAAACUGAAGGAAGAUGACGGCAAGUUAUCUGAAGCAAAAGAAGUUACUGCUCAGUUUGCCGCUCUUCAGCGAUCUAUAAAGUCAGACUUGUUAGAUUUAGCAGAAACUACUGAGGAAGCAAGUCGUGAUCCACUUACGAGUCCGGAGUAUUACGAUGAUCAUUUGCAAAAAUUAAGUGAGUUAGAUAAAAAAGGUUCCGAAGUGAAUAGAAAAAUAGGUGAACUUCGAGAAUAUGCAAAUUCUAUCACUCAGUUACUUCCUGGAGUACAUAAUGAUGUCACAGAGCAACUGAAUGGCAAUUCGAAGAAUGCUGAAGAGCUAAUCAGAAGAAUCGAAAGUCUGAAAAAUGCCACUUUGAAUGCUAAAAAGCUGGAGAAUGAAACUGCCAAUGAAGUUGAAAACACUUUCAAGUGGCUAAAGGGGAUUAAGAGCCAGCUGAAUGAUGUCGGUAAUGUUUCCGCUGACCCGCGGGUCUUAGCGGACCAAAGCAAAACUAUUGAAGAGCUUUAUACGGAUGUUUUGUCAAAGGAGGGGGAUGUUGCUUUGUUAAGGGCGAAGUUAAACGAACAAUUGAAAAAGAAUUUCAAUUCGGACUUGAAAGGUGUAGCAGAUACACUAUAUGGAGAAUGGGUUCCUAUUCUUGAAGAGACGAAAAAGAAACAUACGUUGGUAGAAAGAGUUUCGAAUCUUGUGAGCCAACUAGAAAAUGGUUUGGCUGAUUUUGAGCAAAGAGCGCAGCAAACUCAGGAUGAUCUUAAAAAAUUGCAGUUGAAUGAAAUUGGUGCAGCAAAAGCAUUGGAACAACAGGCUGAAAGAUCUUUUGUGGAGCUGCAGUCUCUGGAACCAAUAAUGUCGAAACUGGAGGAAGCAGUAGGCGGGAAAUCGGCGACAACUUUGAGACGUCGGUUAGAGAAUGCGCAGAAUGACUGGAAAACAGUUGUGAAAGAUGCUCAAAGUGCAUCGUCGAAAUUGCAGACUAUCUCGGAAUUGAAAGAUGGCUGGAGAAGGCAGAACAGUGAAAUGAAUAAAAUCGUAAAAGAGCUUCAAACUGUGGUUGAGCCAGAUGAAGAAACAGAAUUGAAAAAUGUUAUUUUGGGCUUGGAAACCGAUUACACCAAUUUAUUGAACGAAAUGGAAGGUGACCUAAAGAAAUCUACUGAAAGAGAGGAAGAGGCAGACCGUCUUAAGCGUGAAGUUACAGAAAUAGGAUGUAGUGUUCAAGCUAUCAUUACGGCAUCGUUGACUCCAAUUGGUCUGGCACCAAAUCAGUUAGAACGGCAGCUAGUUGAAUGUGAUACAAUGAUGCAGUCACUGGACGAGAAAGAAAAGGAAUUGGAUCGUUUAGCGAAUGAAUUGAAGGGGCAGUGCGAUGCUGGUGUGAUUACCACUGCACAGUUGACAGUUGGUCUUAAUCAACUUGCUCGUAACAGGGGAGAAAUAGACAGCCAGCGCAGGCUACUUUUACAACGAAAGCAGAAAAUCAUAGAUCUUCAACAAUCACUUGUUGAAAUCGGGAAGGAAGCAGACGCCAUUUGUGUAAAAUUGAGGGAUUUCGCAACUGAAGGCGUUCUUCAAGCUUCCGUUAAAUCAGAUUUGAGUGAUCUGAAAAGCCAGCAAGAAGAGUUAAGGUUACUCAAAGAUAGGUUGCGGAAAGAAAUUGGAGAUCGGGUGGAAAAAAUUAUCAACGAGUGUGAGCGGCUAAUAAAAAGUGCUGAUAAGCAAGCAGACACAUCUGAGAUUGAAGCUGAGAAGACAAAUGUUCUCACUGCAUGGAAUGAAAUGUGUACUAGUGUGGCGGAACGAGAAAAACAAAUCUGUGGCGCCAUACAAGAACUUGGUAGUUACACAGAUGCUUAUAAUGCUUUACUUAUAUGGCUUGAAGAUACCGAAGAAUCCUUAGACAACCAGCAGCCUCCUUCAACAGAAUAUAAAGUUGUAAAAGCGCAAAGUUCAGCUAAUGAUAUACUGCUGAAACACAUUGAAGAAAAACAGGCGAGUGUCGAAAAGUUCAAAGGUUUGGUAGGAAAAAUUGAGUCAAAUGCUGGUGGCGAUACUCAAAACUUUUCACUGAAGGAUGGCCCAGAAAAUUUUGCAAAGAGAUAUGAAGUUCUGUUAGAACGUGCGCAGACUCGUAGAUCUCGACUUCAUACAGCUCUUGGACUUGCUGAAGAAUGGUUUCACUUAGCCACUCCGCUUUCGAUAUGGCUUGACGCUACUGAAAAAGCUGUUCAUCAGCUUGGCAAAGUACCAGUCAAUGAAGAAAUUAUGCAGCAACAAAUUAAAGCUCAUCAGGAUUUGGAAGCAAACAUUGCUAGCCGCCGACCAGAUUUUGAUCGUCUUGUUGCGCUUUGUCCUAUGCUCGCAGAGUUGACUUCCAAAAAAGAGGCAGAGGAACUGGAGGAUUCAAUGCACGCUCUUGUUUCAAGAUACGAAGAUUUAGAAUCCCGGACAAACCAAUGUGGAUUAGCCGAUGAUAUCGGGAACUUCCUGGGACAAACUUCUGAUCUAGGCGAGUGGCUUGAUAGGAUUGAGGAUGAUGUCGACAAGAUAAAAGAUAUUUCAAUUUAUCCAGAGGAAUUGAUCGAUCAGAGUUCGGCUGUUGCUGAGGAAGUUUUUGACAAGAACACUUUUGACAGCUCACCUUUUACUAACGCCUCUUUCAGUCGUUCAGAAUACGGUUCAACUAAGAAAAAAGUUGACGAACUGGCAAUGGAGGUGACGAAACAAGAGCGGCUUGUAGCAAGUGUGGUAGAAAAUGGUAGAGAAUUAUGCAGGCAUACAUCGGGUGACGAGGCUAUCAUUUUACAAAGCAGAAUAGAGGGUUUAAGGAAUCGAUAUUUAGACCUUGCAGCCGUUACAGACUCGAAAAUUGCUCUUUUAAGUGAAGCUUUACCACUUGCGGAAAAGUUCCAGGAUGGUUGUGAAAGCGUCCAGCAGUGGAUGGAUGCCGUUGAACAAGAUCUUCAAGAUAUCGACCAGGUGCCUCUGGAAGCUCAAUCUACUCUUGUUGCUCAAAUGGAGGAUGAUUUGAACAAAUGGAGGACCGACGUCGAAGAAAUAAAUAACAUAUCUAAACAGCUUAUGCAGUUAAGUAGAGGACCGCGAGCAGAUGAGCUGGACGCUCAAACAGAUGACCUUAAUCGCAGAUUCAACAUUUUGGCAGAUCAGGUCACUAGAAAAGCUGAAAAAUUGUCUUCGGCUGAAAAGCAAAGUCGACAAGUUCUAGAUGAGCUAGAUUAUCUCAAUGGUUGGUUCGGAGAUGCUGUAGAUCGUCUGAAGCAGGCGUCAGCCCCCGCAGUAGAUCCGGACUAUGUCAAGAAACAGCUUAGGAACCAAAAAUUAAUGAACGAGGAUAUCGCAGUAAUGCGAGCGCGGUUCCGAGACGCAACAGCAGAUGCCCAAAAAGUAGCUAGAGCUCUAGGUGACGAAGCUGAUGGUCAGAAUGCCUUACUAGCUAGCAAAAUUGAGACCGGAAGAGACUUGUCUAGAGAUGUAACGCGACUUGGUGAGAUGCGUUUGGGUGAUUUAGAACAAGCGUUAGCUUUGUGUCAGGAAGUUGACCAGUCGUUUGGAGAGCUCCACACCUGGUUAGAAACGAUUGAAAACGAGUUUGAAAACAACUCAAGCUUAACAACUGGUAUUCAGCGUGAUGAACUUCUCAAACAACAAGCUAUAAACAUGGAGUUGCAACAGUCUAUCCAGUCUCAAAAACCUCUUUUGGAUCGUUUUGAGAAAAAUGUCGCUGCUCUAGAGGAGCUUUGCGAUGAAGAAGAUGCUCUUCAAUUGGAUAAAAUUGCUGAAGGAUUGGAGCAGCGUUACGAAGAAGUUCGUGAUGCAGUUAGAAAUAGAGCAUUGGCUCUUGAAAGUGCUAUUGAGCAUAGCAGUCAGUUCACAGAUCGUCUUGAUGUGAUACUUGCCAAGCUUGGUGGGGCUGCGGUUCAGAUCCGCAAUCCAGAUCCCGUGUCGUCAGAUCCUGAACGUAUUCGCUCGCAAAUUUCUGACAAUUUGGCUUUGAAGGAGGAGCUGAAACUAAAAGAAGGAGCUUUACAGUCUGUAAAGGAAAGUGCGGAAGUGAUUUUAAAGCAGGCAAAGCCUAAUGAUCCAGCUGUAGCAGAAAUAAGUUCAAAAAUUGAAAAGCUCGAUAAAUUGUGGCAGGAACUUAAUGACGGAGUUGCCGAGAGAGGAAGCGCAUUGGAAAGUACUUUGGCUAAGGCUGAAAGAUUUUGGUCUGAACUCGAAAAAUGCCAGAAUGCGAUUGAAGAACUUCGAAUAAGAAUUAUGGACAUUCAUCCAGCAGCUGGUCAACCAACACUUAUUAAACAGCAACAAAGUGCACUCUCGGCGAUUGAGGAAAAUCUGCAUGAAACGAAACCAAUGGUUAAUGAGCUGCGAUUAGCUGGUAUGGAUUUGUGUGAUGCCGUAGCAGUUGAAGAAAGGGCUCACGUUGAGCAGCAGCUAGGAGUAGUUGAAACAAAUUGGUCAACUGUUACAGACCUUUAUGCUCGCAAAAGCAAAGAUUUAAUUGAUGCAAUGGAUAACGCAAUGGAAUUUCACGAUCUUUAUUCAGAACUCUUAGACUGGUUGGUUGAAAGGGAGAGUAAAGUUGCAGAAUUUACUUGUUCUCCGGGCACAUCAAGUGCUGAUGUUAAAAAUGAGUUGGCUGCUUUGGAUGUUCUGAAAACAAUACUUGACGAAAAGGUUGUGCAAAAAGAGCGCCUUAACCAGCUUUGCGCUAAUUUGUGUGUUGGGGCUACUGUUCAGCAGUGUGCAACUAUUCGAGCGCCGAUAAACGAUUUGAAUAAUAGGUGGAACAGACUCUAUACGACUCUUAAUGAAAGGCAGCAAAAGAUGGAAAGGGCGCUUCUGGAAAUGGGGCAAUUCUCGCAGGCUUAUGAACAACUUUUAGGAUGGAUUGAGAAGACUAAUCAUACGCUUGAAGAAAUAGAUCCUCGACCUACGAGUUUGAAGCAGGCAGAAAUUGAAGUCUGCAAGUAUAAAGUAGUUCAGAAUGAUAUACGUGCACAUGAGGCUAGUGUUGAAACAUUGAAUAAUGCUGCUAAGAGAAUUAUAGCCGCAGAUCCAAAUUCGACGUCUGCUACACAGCCAAUGAUCGAUGAGCUUAAUGCACAGUGGCACAUGUUGGCUGAUAAACUUGAUAAUUUAUGGACUCAGCUGACCGGAGCAAGAGAGGCAGCAGAAAGUUUGGGUAGUGAAAUGGACAAAUGGACAUUAUGGUUACAAGACAAAGAUGCUGAUCUUUCACAUUCGAAACCAUUGGCUGGUUUACCAGAAACCGCUAGAGCUCAACUUGAUGACUUUCUUGUCCUUAAGGCUGAAAUUGAGCAGAAUCGUCCUGAAUUAGAGGCACAUUUGGAGGCUGGAGACAGUUAUCUUUCUGAUAAUGCUGGCAACAAAGACAGCUGGAUUGCCCAAAAACAGAUGCAGUUAAGGAAGAAGUGGACACAAAUACAAGAGAAACUUGGCGAUAAAGAACAGAAAUUGCGGAUUGCUUUGGCAGAUGCAGAACAGUUAAGUGCAGCUAUGAACGCUAUGAAUGAUUGGCUUACGAGUGCCGAAGCGAAGUUGGGAAGAGUUGAACCCAUUUCGAGAAUUCUUUCUACCUUACAGAGCCAGAUUGUAGAACAAACAAAUUUUGAAGCAGAGGUGGCCAGACAGAGAGAUCUAAUGGCAGACUUGAAAAGCAGAGGCACAAAAUUGCAGUACCUCUGCGAAAAGAAAGACGCUAUUCCUAUUAAGAAUAACCUUGUUUCUGCCAGGCAUCGCUUGGAUAAAAUAGUUUCUCGGUGUGCAGAUAGAACUAAACAGCUUGAUAACGCUUCUAAAGAAUCGACUGUGUAUUUUGAAGGUCAUUCAGGUCUUAUGGAUUGGAUUGACCAGAGUUUGAAGUGGAUCGAAAAGAAUAAUGCAGAGACUCUUUUUGGAGAAAAUAUUCGUGAAGCACUGGAUCGUCACAAAGAUUUUCAACGAGAAUUGGCUAAUCGUCAACCUAUCUUUGAUACAACCUUUAAACGAGGCAAAACGCUCGUGGAUCAUGCUCCAAAAGGCGAGCAAGGAGUUAUUGGUGAUAUGAAUGAGGAGCUUCGCAGCCACUGGGCGCAGUUAUGUACUGCUUCGGUGCAAAGACAGCGUGAUAUUGAAGAAGCGCUACUAGAAAGUGGGCAGUUUGACGACGCUUUGUCUUCGUUAAGAGAAUGGCUUGAAAAGACCCUGCCUGUUGUUGAAGGUCGAAGUAGGGAGUCUGUGUACGGUGACGUAGAAACCGUAAAUCAGUUUGUUGAAGAAAAUCAGUCUUUGAAAGAAGAGAUUAAAUCGCGCCAGGCUUCCCUUGCUUCUGUUCGACAACGUGCGGAGCAGAUGCUUAGUUCAAAAAAGGAGGAAGAUAAUUCUUCUGAUGGGCUUCGAGAGAGAUUAAAUCAACUAAAUGGUGAUUGGCAGCAGUUGGAAUCUCUAGUAGAUACGAGAAAUGACAACUUAGCCAAAGCUCUUCAAGAAGCCGAAGCGUUUGGCACUGAAGCUCGUGCAAUACUGGACUGGCUUCCGCGAAUUGAAGACAGAUUAAGAAUGAGGGGUCAAAAGCCAGAAACAGAAGCUGAAAUAUUGGAUCAGAUGGAUGAGGUAGCUCAGGUACGCAAAGAACUUGAUGAUAAAGUCCCAACGCUCGAAGGAGUGCUAGCAUCAGGUCGAGAAAUUUUAUCAAAAUGUCAUCCAAAUGCUGAGCAGAACAUGAAGUACUGGUUAAAAAUCCUCCAAGGACGUUGGGACGAAGUGUCACAAAUUGCGGACACGAAACGGGUUGACUUGGAAAAGCAACUUUCUAACCUUCAUGAACAAGAGGAGCUCAUUGCCAAACUCCUCAAGUUUAUCAAUGCUAAAGAUGCUGAUCUAAGAGAGUUAAGUAGUGCAGAAUUGCCUCUUGACAUGGUGGAAGUUCAGAGAUUAAUUGAUGAACACGAACAGUUCGAUAACACGCUGCGUGAGAAGCAGAGUGAAGUGAGUAGUGCUACAAUAGGGCGUAGGCUACCUAUUAUGGACCUAGAUGCGCCAACCAAACACAAGAAGCCAAAUUUGAAAAAAGAAAAACCUAUUCGACACCCAAAGGCUGAUUUGUUGUCAGAGAAAUGGAACAGGUUAUGGCUUGACUCGGUAGAAUACGGUAGCAGAUUAAGAAAGCUGAAAGAUCAUUUGGAAGAACUCAAAAAGUUAGAAUCCUUCACCUUUGAGGAGUGGCGCGAGCGCUAUUUAGAGUGGACUGAUUCCGGUAAGGCAAGAAUAUCUGACCUCUUCAGAAGAAUUGAUAAAAGUGGAACUGGUAGUGUACCCAGAAAUGCCUUUAUAGAAGAAAUUUUGAGAUCAAAGUUUCCUACAACCAGGCUGGAGAUGGAGAAAGUUGCGGACGAAUUUGAUAAAGGCGAUGGAAUGAUUGAUUCGAAAGAAUUUAUGGCAAGGUUGAGAUCUGAAUUUGCUAAGUCAGCACAUUACACCGUACUUCAGAAAUUGCCUGUGAAACAAAAGACCGAAGGAGAGAAGAUUAACGAGGAGGUACAACGACAGAGUGAAAAAUGCAGUUGCCAUACUCCCUAUAGAAUUCAGAAAGUCGGAGAAGGACAUUACAGGUUUGGUGACACUCAGAUAAAGCGGAUGGUUCGUAUUCUACGAUUUACGGUCAUGGUACGUGUGGGAGGAGGCUGGGUAGCACUCGACGAAUUCCUUCACAAGCAUGAUCCUUGCAGAGCAAAAGGAAGAACAAACAUAGACUUACAACGCGGAUUUUAUAAUGAUGUUCGACCUAUAAAUGCGCAUGAUUCAAUGGAGACAUUUACAAAAUCUCGUUCAGCAUCUAACCGUGCUUCACCAGUGACGGUAGCUGGUGAAAUCAGUUACUACAAUCGUUACUCAGGCACUCCUGGACCAAUCACAAAGAUAAGGGAGAAAACUGAACGUAGCGUUCCGAUGCACAUCGGUAAGCGAACUCCAAAUUCAUCACAAAUCUCAUUAAAUGAGGGAUCUCUUUUACCACGUAGGACCAGCGACGUCAGUUUGCAAGACGGAAAAAUAGGCAAAGGCCUAGCUUCAAAUAACAUUUCGCGUUCUAACUCGCGGGGUGAAAUUUAUGACAUGCUUCGGCCGUCAAGUCGUUGUUCGGAAUCUUCGGACUUUUCUGAAAGGCCAACACGGAUUCCAUCUUUGCGUGGACGGAAGGGUGUAAAUUAUCGUUCAUCUUCUGCGAGAAAUAGUCCACAUCUAUAA